AUGGCCCGCUUCUACGUGCACGAGACAGCGAAAAUCGGUGAUCUAGCGAACAAACAGGUCCUCAGUUUGACAGCAGCAUUAUCGGAAAUGAAGAUUGAAAACGACCUCAGACGACAGAUCUUGGAUGAUAUUCGACGUUUAAAGGAUACUGGGACGGUUCGGGGCAGGAGACAUGCGCUGGGCUUGCCGGUUCGCGGACAAAAUACAAGGUCACAGAUCAAAACGGCGAUCAAACUAAAUAAGUUGGACAGAAGGCUUGGGCUCAAGGGUCCAAGGUAA